AGUAGCUGAGAGGACAGCGCGCCGAGCGCACCGCUACGCUGCGCUACGAUGCUAACGGGCCGAGCGCGUUUUCAAUUAAUUCAACCAAUAUAAUUUCGAACCAAUUAAAAUUAAACGUAAACCAAUUAAAAUCGAAACCAAUUUUAAGGUUUCUGUGUGUUUGUGGCGUUUUGGGUUUUACUCGCUUCGUAUACUCGUCCAUUUAUCGUAGUUGAAUAGUUUAAGUGUUAUAAAGAUGAAGAUGAAAAGGAUUUGUCACCUCCUCUUCAGGAUGUUGUUCUUAUUGGACGGAGGAGUGUGGUCGUUAAAAGACCUCACGAUCUCCGUGCCCAGAGCGGUCCUCUCCGGUGAUGGUCAGUCUGCUGUAUUAAGGUGUUCCUAUGACUUAGAGGGUGCAGCAUUGUACUCUAUUAAGUGGUACAGAGCGGAAACAGAAUUCUACAGAUUCGUGCCAAGGGAAAUGCCUCCUACUAUGGUAUUUCCGCUACCUGGUGCUUCGGUUGAUCUAACGCAAUCGGAUCACCAGCAAGUGAGGAUAGUGAAUAUGAACAGGCACCUCAGCGGAGAUUAUCAGUGUGAAGUAUCAGCAGACGCACCCCUCUUUCAUACUGAUAUAGAGUCGGCGCCACUCACAGUUGUUGACCCUCCGUUUCGGGCGCCACAUCUCACGAUAUCUCGUGGGAGUUACGCGAGGGGUGACGUCAUAAGAGCCAACUGCUCUGUUGACGAGGCGUACCCAGCUCCCAACAUAACGUGGCUUCUGGAUGAAAACAAAAUUGCGGAGACAGUGUCCUGGCGAUCACCAGAUUUGGAUUUCAAGGAGCGCGGGGCCUUCAGCCAAAUUGAGAUCUCCAUCAUGGAGGCUGAGCACUACAAGAUGGGACUGACCUAUACCAGCGCCAGUCUCAACAGGGUCUACCAGGAUCACUACGUCUAUGAUAACGCGGAUAUGGAGGAAAAAGAUAUUCUCAGGUACACACUGACGCCACCUACAGAUGGGCAGUUUUCACUGUGCUGCGUUGCGACUAUCUACGAUAUCUACGCUCGGAAGAGCGACCCUGUCUUCAUCAAGGAAGACGCCCCUCAUCCAGCUUCAGUGACCCGGGAAGAUUCUUCUGGUACUAUCAGAAGCUCAAGUCUCAUCGUGACCCUUGUCUGCCUAUCCAUUUUAUUAACGUUAUGAUUUAAUGAAAACCAUCAAAUAUAGAACAUAUAAUGAUUGGAAAUAAAUGAAAACAAAAAAAAACAUUUCAUUCUUCUGUUUAUUCAAGUAAUAUUACUGUUUCAUUUUGUACUACGUCAAUGAACGUCCACAGUUGAGUAAUAAUGAAAUGAACAGAUUGUUAUAACGCAGUGUUUAUAUCUAAAAUUUGCGAAGAGCCCGAUUAUUAAAUAAUAAAUUAGUUGGUAAUGUAUUUGACCGAAUGAUUGUAGAAUCAAAAUGUUUAUAUUUAUUUUUAAUAUUUAUUAACUACGCCUUAGAACUUAUAUCUCAAGGUGUGUGGCAAAAAUAGGCGGGGUGGCGGUACCUACCCGUGCGGACUCACAAAAGGUCCUACCACUAGUAAAAGUGUACAUUGUCUACCGUUUUAUAGGAUGACUGCCUUUAUAUUCAUUUUUGUAUUGUAAUGGGUGGUGAGCUCAGAGUCCAGACAAAGGGUGACAGUCCCAGAGGAAAUAAAACAUACAAGUGUAAUAAAACUUGACCACUGCUUACAUUGGAACUGUGAUACUAUUUCAGAACCUCGCUUGACGAGAGACAUGCCACAGUGUAUACACAAAUUUUGAGUUCACUAUGUUAUUUUACGGUUCAAGGUUCAUCUCUGAGAAAGUCUGUACGAGACGUUUAACGUAAAUGGGGUGAAAUAUCCGCGGUAUCUGGUGAUAGGAUGGCGCCAUAUUCAUUAGUUUCUUGAAUCCGCGUAGAAUGAACUUUUGGCACACGCAGAGGACCUCAAUGUUACUUUGCAGAUGAAUUUUGACAGACACUGAUGCUACCCGAGAGGGGUUUCAUUACUAUAGUAACAAAACAGUUAAAAGUAAUUUUCACUAAUACUGAAAACGCUGUAAUUAUUUCUUACUAGCGGCCCGCUCCGGCUCCGCUUGGGUCUUUAACAAAAAUGUCAACGAUAUUUGACGUUGUUUUAUUUUUUUAAAUAAAAGAACACUUAUUGCGGCUUAUCUACAAUAGUUAUGCAUAUGCUUUCGCGACACUUUUUGUAAAUAAUAAUGUGUUCUAUAAAGUUGUAGUACAUUAUUUUAUUCUAUCAUGAAUAGUUUGCACAGGGCACGCGAUGUAAAGAAUAUUUUUGGUAAUUUUUUUACACCUUGAGUUACAUUAUUGGAGUUUUAGUAAGUACCCUUAUCUUUUUCAAAAAAGAUAACAGCCUAUGUCACUCGGGAUUAGUGUAGCUUCCAAACAGUGAAAUAUUCUUUUAAUUCGGUUCAGUAGUUUCGGUGCCUAUUCAAUACAAACAAACAAAUCUUUCCUAUUUAUAAUAUUGGUAUAGAUAAGUUCACAAGGAUUCGGUCAAAUGCGAAAUUUCUGGCUCCCCAUUAACCCCACAGCGGUGGGAGUAGCUAGGUAGUUACGCAAAAGGACAAUUAUGUACGUAAGAAACUGAAUGUUGUGAUAGAACAUUAUUUAGUUUAAUUAAUCCGGUGUGAAUGGUUCUCUGGGCGAGCUUUUGUGUGUUGCUAGGUUAACCAUUUGAAUUUACUCAAAAGUAAAAUACGGUUUCGCAUUUUUAAAAAAAAAAAAAAUUUACGUAGGUAAGGAAAACGUGAAUAUUUUUUACCGAGCGUGUGGGUGUUAUUGCUCGUUAGACCGACGCGACGGUCCGAAUGUUGUUGUUCGGAACUUGUAUAUAUGCAAGCUUAUCUUGAAAAUGUCGUUAGCGAGAUUCAGGCAACCGUCAAACAUCUCGUGAUCAAUGAUAGCACACGCCACAAAUUGACAUUUACAGAAAAAAAAAGAAAAAUGCAAAAAAAAAAGUGUGAAUAUUAAAAUUUGUGAUAUUAUUUUAUCAUGACAUCGUAACACUAGGUAAAUGCAAUGUUAUGUUUAUUUUUAUUUUUUAUUUAUUUACUAGGCACACAAUACUCAUCACAAGCUAAAAAGAUAUAUAAAAAAGACAAGUAAAAAGAAACCAAAUCUGGCUUGCAACAUAAGCUAUGUGCGCACGACUAAGCAAGACAAAGUGCUGAAUUUGUACACAAUGGUCCUUACGACUAUACGACAAAACAACACGAUAAAGAAAACUAAUCUAACUUAUAGUGUAAGGAAAUAAUUUUAUUCACAAUAUACAUUGAGCAAUGAAACAAUUACGCUACUUGACCUAUUGUUAACGUGAAGGAUGCCCUUUAACAUUUUUAUAAACGUCACUAACCUACAACUAAAAAUAUCUAAGUCAGUUGACGACUUUGCCAGAUCGUUAUCUUAUCUUAUCUAUUAUAUUAUAUAUAUAUAUAUCUUAUACCUUUAAACGAGCAAUUCUUGUAUAUAUAUAUUUAUAAUCUGAAUCUCGGAAACGGCUCCAACGAUUUUUAUAAAAUUUAGUAUAUAGGGGAUUUCGGGGGCGACAAAUCGAUCUAGCUACGAGUGUCUAAAGAUCAUCUACAGACUAACAGUCGCCUGCAAAAGCUCAGUAUCUUAUUUCACUAGUCCUCAUAAUGUUUUGUAUAUUAAACCAGACAAAAGAGAACCAUUCACACUAUUGUUAAGAUUAAAAAAACAUUAACAUUAGUUUUAUACUAUAUAAGAAAUUGUGUAUUAAAAAAUGUGUAUAAUUUAUUUCGUAAGAAUGUUGAGAAAAAAUAAUUGUAUAAUGUGAAUAUGUAAAUAAAUUAGUUGAUUCAUAUAA